AUGAGUGGAAAACUAAUCCUAUUCCUCCUUUUCGGAGCGGUUUUCCUGAUUGAAGGCAUUAGCCGAUCUCCGAUGCAGCGGGACGUCGCUGCAGAGGAAAGUUGUGAAGAAGACGACGGUGAGUAUGAUUCCCAAGGAAGACCAACUAGAGUUGGAGCACCAAAACCAAAACCAAAACGAAAGGAGGCGGAUGAUGAUUGGGAUGGAGUUGAAGAUCCCACGGAUGAGGACUAUUUGAGAUACGAGAACACCAACCAAGAGGGAGUCUGUAUUCUUGGAGAGUGGAGAAUGUUCAAGAGACGCAAUGAAUCUGUCUGCCUGAAAAUUUUUGGAACUAUCCAUAAAAUUGAUGGUCGAACCGCUGCGGAUAUUUGCCGAGCAAACCACAACGCUCGCAUGAUGACAGUGGAUAGUCAAGAAGAGAGAGAAUGGAUUUAUACAACUGAACUCGGUGGAAACUCUACAUAUCAUUAUAUGUACGUUGCUGGAUAUCGUAGUCGACGUUGUAAAAAUGCAGUCUGCACUGCUAGUAUGGAUGCGUUCGAGGAAGUCGACAGGACAGCGGAUCACAGAUUUAUCUAUUCCAAAUGGGAGGGAAUACUCAACGAAUACUAUGAUUUUGAGUACAGUAAUUGCCUGGCUAUGCACGUAAUGCCUCAUCCGAUCAGCCUACCAAAUUUCAUUCGAGAUUGGCCAUGCAAACAAGCUUGGUUAAACACCGUUCUUUGUGGAGUUACUGUUAUGUAA